AUGGUGCUCCUUUGCAUAAAUGGCUGCAUCUAGAAUACUUUUGCGAUGGUUGUUUCUAUUGGUACAUCUAUAUCAUAUUCUAGAACAUAUUCCAUGACUGGAAUGCUUUAAUUUUUAAACACAAUUUAUAAAUCUAAAUAUAACAUGAAAAAAGACGAGAUUCUUAUUCUAGUUUUCCAUAAAAGAAGCUCAACAUCAGGAGGACAAGAGGAUUGA